AUGACCAAGCCAACGAUCGUCCUCGUGCCGGGUGCUUGGCAUGUCCCGGAACACUUCCAAACAGUGCAAAAGCUUCUCGAAGCGGAUGGCUAUAGCUGCGUAGGCGUGAACCUUCCCAGUAACGCACACGAGCCAUACAUCGAUGGCAGACUGGUCGACUUCAACGACGACGUAUCUGCUGCUCGCCAAGUUAUCACCAAAGUUCUCGAUGGUGGUGAAGACGUCGUAGUCGUUGUCCAUUCAUACGGCACUCUUGUCGGCACUGCUGCUCUUAGAGACCUCAGUCUCGAUACUCGCAAAGCGGCAGGCCAUGCAAAUGGUGUCAGAUCGUUGGUCAUCAUCGCCGGAUUCGUUCUUUCAGAAGGCAUCAGCAUGCUCCAGGCAAUGGGCGGCCAACUGCUAGCUCAGUACCUGCACGAAGGCGACACGACACUGCCCUUCGCCGGUCCCGGCGCCAUCGAAGUCCUGUACAACGAUCUAGACACUCUCGAAGCCCAGAAAGCAGUCUGGCGACUUAAACCUCAGUCGUAUGCCAUAAAUACGACUCCGAUGCCAGAUGCUGCGGCUGCGAUUCAAGGAAUACAUGUUAGCUAUCUGGCUUGCGAUAAGGAUAAUGCAUGUCCGUAUGCGAUGCAGAUCCAGGCCGUUGAUGCGCUGAAAGCUAUGGGUCAAGCGCUUCAUGCUGAGGUAGCACCCACUGGCCACAGUCCGUUCAUCAAGAUGCCAGAGGAGACGGCGCGUUUCGUACGCAAAGCUGCGGGCGAGGAUCUCGAAAGUGGUUUCAAAGGUUUGUAA